AUGCCGGCGUUCCCGACGAGCAAGUAUGCGCGCUACAAGCGCGCCACGGCCUUCUUCCUGGACUGGCUGCUGCGUGCACGUGGGCGCGGGCGACACGCAGGUCAACAGAUUCAUCUAUCGGCGCUGGGCGACGUGAUGCGGGAGAUCGCAGCGGAGCCGACGUCCCUCACGCCCAAGCUGCUGCAGGAGCUGCCCAAGGCUCUCGCGGCCUGUCAGUGCGCCAUGACGUUCCGCCAGCAAGUCGCCUCCUUCUUCGCGGACGGCGGAGACCGCGGCCACCAGCACUUCCUGCAGCUACUGAGAGGCUGGCACAAGACGCUCGAGGGGAUCCUGCAGACUCAGCAGCAGGACGAGGAGGCCACGAGCGAGAGCAAGAGGUUCGAGAACUAUUAUCAAGUCUUGCAGGUGGACGAAGACUACUUCCCGGACGAGGACCUGUUCGUGGCUGAGCCUGAUGCUCCUAGUGGCGCCAAGGUGGUCUACUUCUUCCUGGAGCUGGAGGAGCUGGUGGAAGGAGUGUUCGAUGUCUAUGACCAGGUAAAGAAGCAGCAACGCACUAUGGUGGAGGCGACGGUGGUGGUGAAGCUGGCCAUGGACACGGCUACUGCAUUGACGGCGAGGCUGCAGCUGAGAUAUCCUAUGCUGAAGACCGCGGAGGACGUGAUCAAUAUUGUGAUGCAGAAUACGUCGAAGGAUUACAUGAAGAGGAUGGGGAAGGCUGUCUCGGACUUCUGGACCAAAUUCCAGAGUAACGAGACGUACACGUUCGUCCCGGGCAUGCUGAUCGUUGAUUUCUUCAGUGUGGGGGGCACGCUGGCAAGCUUCACGUCUGUUAUUCCGGCACAAGCGGGGAUGAAACUUAUCCCACGCGAUGGUUUCUUUGGCGAAACUUAUGGUGAAGACCGCACGCCGCAAUACGUUCUUCCAGACCAUACCAACAUGGUGGUGUUCCUGCUGCAGCAACUGCCGCUGCUGUUCAACGCGAUCCUCGAGACGAAAACGGCUGCUGGAACGGCGUUUGACGACUCGAACUUGACGACCUCGUUCUUGGCACUGAUGGACGAAUACUUUACUUCGCGCCAGGUGACGGUUCCUGUUGUGUUCGCGUGCGUUUGCUGGCUGAAAUCAGUGGCGGCGCUGCAAGGACAAUCCGGUCUCACUCGCAAUGUGAGUCUUACGUUCAAGCACACCAAGGGUCUGAUGAAAAACAUGGAGGCCACUGUGGCGAAGGGUGCGGUGUUUACUGCCGACAGAGAGAUUCACAACGGCCUCAAGCAAUGCGCUGAGGAGAUUAAAAUGACGAGUCGGAUUCACAACUUGGCACGCGCAAACCCUUUGAUGGCGGGUUUCCUGAUGAUGACCUACGACUUCCACUACUUGCAUAUGGCAAGUGAGAUUCUGAUGGUGACAUCGAGGUUCCGGGCGUUUGGCCACCUCUACAAUGCGCUUGUGGAGCAAGGGUUCCUCCAGCACAUCCCGUUCUUUGACGACGUGUUGCAGGUUUACGACGAAAUGAUUUUUACGCCCUCGCGAGCCGCAGCAGUGCACGGUUCGUACAACCGCGCAUAUCUACUGAGCUCUCACAUGACUGCUACUGCAGUCAAUAAUAUGUACCGCGGUGUAGCGCCACCUGCUGGGAAUGCAGGGGUUAAAGUGCGAAAAGCUCUUCAUUUUCAGGAUUUGUCCAAGAUCUAUCGAUUACUUGCUGAGAAUGAUAAAUCAGUGUUAAGAGGUGCUUCAUCGAAGGCUAUGCUGGAUGUCGCCGCUGACAUUUGCUCGAAGGAGUUGUUCCAGACGCGAGUGCUGUCACGUGAUAUUUUGACGCUGAAUGACGAUCUCACGGACGUAUUCUCGGGCAUGUGUGACGCGCUAAGCCAGAGACGGUUUCACGAUGAUUAUAUUGCUCGCCCAACUCGUGGCGAGUCGGAUCACUAUCGCGUUAACAGCGCGUUGGAAAAGUCAGUGAUGGUGCUUCUGAUGCCACUUCUGGAUUGCUUGCAGUCAGAUGGGUCACUGGAUAUGAAUAUGAUACCGAUUACGUAUCGUGGGGUUCAGCUGGGCAUUUUGGGUGGCGAAGGUGUCAAGAUGCUGUGCAGGAAGGCUGCUGCUGUGAUCAAAGCCAAGUUCGCGACCCCACCUCAUGUGUGCGAGCUGAAAUACUUCACGUUCCCGUCCAAACCUGACUUUGUCAACCAAGAAUACGGUUCGACGUCAUCUAUGAGGACGACCGAGGGUCAGGAGCGCGAAGACUUGUUUUCUAGUCUGAUGCGGUUGCUGGAAAAUAGUGAUGGGCCGCUUUCAGUGUGGGAUAUGUAUCAGCUCAAGUCCGAGCUUAAGAAGGACCCGAGUCUCCUGUCCAUGGGCACUCUUUGCAAGGAACCCGUCGAAGGGCAUGAUGUGAACACGAUAUCGAACUCGAUGCUCGAUGAACUUGGCUCGCUGUUCCACCAAGCUGCAGCUGGUCCCGCACAUGAUGCCGACCUGGUGGAGUGGAUGAUCCAACUAGGAGCACUCACGAUUCAGCCAUUGCAUUGCCGGAACAGACCGCAGCUACGGGACUUUCCGUUUCGAUUGGAGAUCUUGCCGAACACCAUGGCUGUUCACAGCGCCGCAAUCGCAGGUCACGAGGACAUUGUUCGGAUCAUUCUCGAAGCAGACAACAUGGUCGACUUGAACACACCCACGUUUCACACGAGAGAGACGCUGGCGCAUUUGGCUGUCAAGCACGGGCAUCGCAGUCUUUAUAAUAUGCUGGUUGCGUUCGGAGCUGAUCUUCGCAUCAAAGACGGCAACGGAAAGCGUGUGUGCGACGUGACGAACGACCGCGAGUGGAGACGCAAGAUCGCGACAUCGAUUGUUGAAAUUGAGAGAAGUCAGGCGAGUUGCGAAGGCGCAAGGAAUCGUGAUGCGAUGUUCCGUCAUCAGAGCAAUAUUCGUGCAGAGCAAUUACGUCAGUCAGUGUCUGCCCAGCGCGAUGAAGAACGUCAACAAGCGCUGGAACCUGCCAGUGCAAACACCACCACAGCGUCGAAGAAGAAGAAGAAAAACAGCAAGAAGAAAAAGAAGAGCAAAAAGGGUGAGACGGGAAACUCACCCGUUGCUGCUGUGUCUACCACAAGGGCAGUGAGCGACGUUGCUGAUGAGGCGACGAACUUACUGACGGAUCUGCUCGUGGCCGAUGGGUCGGAUGAGACGAAUGAAAAUUCCGAACGCUUUUCAUUGUUGGAGAACUCGCUGGAGAGUACGGCUGCUACAUUCGCUCGACUACGAGACCCAAAUAUUCUUGCAGCUGACAAAUCCGACGACGUGCAGCGCGCAUGCAAGCUGAUCGAGAAGCUCGAGAGAUCGGUUGAGGCAUCUUCGCACCCCAGCAGACUCAAUUCGACGGAUCGUCGUAUUCGCAGUAUUAUUGCUUCUGAAGCUACACAAGUGAUCCACAUGAUGCACAAGCUGUAUCGGGUUGACCACGCUGCCAUUGCGGUUCCAGCCCUCGCUCCUGUGCGGAAGCUCUGUGAUACGACGCUGGCGUUUACCAGGUUCGUGGUGGGAACUGCGCAGCUGAGUGUCUCCGUCAAUAGGAAGCCGCAGGCUCGCGAGAUUCUGGACGUGCUGGAUAAGCGUUUGGUAAAGACGCCGUUUGAUAAGCGAGAGCCUGGGGGUUAUAGAGAGCUGGUUCAGACGUACUCGCUAGCACGUGACGCCAUGGGAUUGGGUAAAACGUCAAGCCCCGACACGUUUCGCACGUUGGAAUGGUACUUGAGUAACGUUGCGGACCGUUUUAAGGUACAGGCAGCACUUGACAAAUUCGUCGGGCGGCCCAUGUACUUAGAGUUUACUGCAACUCCAGCCAUCACUCCCCGCCAGUUCUCUCGCUUCGAAGCUGCUGUCGACGCUGUGCCAGAACUCAAUGGUGUCGUGUGCUUUGGCAGGCGUGUCUUGUACGGCGCUACAAGUAUCGAAGAUUUGAAGCGCGUGCUUGGAGCAAUCGGAGACGUGGCCCUCAGAAAGGGGGUUCACUUUGCCCAGGAAAGUAUGCAAAUCGCGGUGGUCGACCUGUAUGUCGGCAAGUUCGUCAUCUCGGAGAAUGGGGUCGUUCGCAACACGCAAUGA